AUGUAUUACUCUCUGAUUUAUCUUUUGCUUUUUCUCGUUCAAACGAAUCUUUCAGCAAAAUACAGUCGAGUAUGUUAUUUUACGAACUGGGCGGUUCAUCGGACAAUGAAAGAAGCGCGUCUUCUUCCCGAAGAUAUUCCAGCUGAUUUGUGCACGCAUAUAUUCUAUGCGUUUGCGAGUAUUGGAAGUUUGACGUUGCAGGCAAAGCAUCCGAAUGAUUUGGGCGAAUAUCAAGGAGAAAAGCCACUCUAUCCGAGAAUAAUGAAACUAAAGGAGAAGAAUCCUGAAUUGAAAAUCGUAAUUUCAUGUGGAGGUUGGGGGAAUUCUGGUGAAUUCGAUUCGAUUUCUGCUUCGGAAUCAUCGCGAGAAACGUUUAGUAAAAACGCUCUGGCAUUUUGUCGUCAACAUGGUUUUGACGGUGUUGAUUUAGAUUGGGAAUUUCCCUCGUCAAAUCAUCGUGAAAAUUUCGGAUUAUUAGUUAAAACGAUGCAUAAAGUUUUCAAGAAAGAAGCGAAAAAAACGAAUAAAGAACGGUUGAUCAUUGGUUUAGCUGUUGGCGCUGGCAAACUUCAAGUCAAACAAGGAUAUGAUGUACCUGUGCUUUGCCAUUACGUCGACAUGGUUAAUGUCAUGACGUAUGAUUUAUAUGGUUCAUGGACGAAUAAAGUCGGACAUCAUAGUGCAUUGUUUCAUCGCCGAGGCGAAAAAGGAUUAGAAAAAGAAUUGAAUACGAACUAUUCAAUGCAUUUGUGGAUUAAGGCUGGGUGUCCGCGAGAUCGACUCUUGAUUGGAAUACCGGGUUAUGGACGAGCAUUUAUUGCAACGGGUGGCGAUCCAAUCAAAGCAUACGGACAGCCGGGUGGAGUUAGUUCUAUUUCGUCACCGUAUCUUGGUGAAAGUGGUUUGUUGGCUUUUUAUGAAAUAUGUAAAAAUGAGUUAAAAGAAGGUUUUAAACGUUACUGGGAUGAUGAUCAUCAAAUUUCGAUUAGUUACAAAGAUGGUACAUGGAUUGGUUAUGAUGAUCCUGAAAGUGUGAGGAAUAAGUGUGAAUAUGUGAAACAGGAGGGUUUGGGUGGUGCGAUGAUUUGGGCAUUAGACAUGGACGACGCAAGUGGAAAAUUUUGUCGAAAGAAUCGGAAAAAACGCUUGCGUCGUUUUCCGUUAAUCAACGCUAUGAAGGAAGUAUUUGAGACCAAUGAACAAACUACGCAGCAAAGUACAACUCCUCUUCCAACGAGCACACUAUCCAACGAAACGAUCUUAUUGAACGAAGAAUUCAAAAAUCUUCUUGAUCAAAUGUUUGAUGAAGCUUCAUCCUCAUCGAAAUUCGUUCCAACCUAUCGAAUUCUCUCGUUUCUCCUGAUUCUUCUCUCUUUGAUAUAG